UAGAAGCGUCCAGUAUUACACGCGCGGCUGCUGAAGCUCACGCUGGGGCGGGAGCGGAGAAUCCCUCCCGCUCCCGUCCCCUUGCCCCUCGCUCCGCCUCACCCCUCUCUAGCGCCCGGAACUUCGGGCGUGCGGAACCUCGGCGGCGAAGCGCGGGCGCCGCGGACCGGGAAGAAGAUGGAGCAGGCACGAGAGCCUGGGGCUGUAGCUGACACACCUGAGGAGGGGGAGGUGGGGGAGGCAGGGGCGGCAAUGGCGGCUGUCGUGGCCGCUGCAGGUGGCGCGGGCCCGGCCGUCCUGCAAGUGGCCGGCCUCUACCGAGGCCUAUGCACGGUGCGCAGUCGGGCCCUGGGCCUGGGAUUUGUUUCACCCGCACAGCUGCGCGUGUUCCCUGUGCGCCGCGACUCGGGCCAGCCUUCUGGGAGCGCAGAUGGCGGCGGCGGCGGGGUCGGGGCCGACCUGGAGGCCAACCCCUUCUACCACCGCUACCGGGACAAGAUCCAGCAACUGCGCAGGUCUGACCCAGCUGCUUUUGAGUCGCGCCUGGAGAAACGCAGUGAGUUUCAGAAGCAGCCAGUGGGGUACUCUAAGCAAGGUGAUUUCAUCAGAUGUAUGGAGCAGAAGACAGAUGUCUUGGAGAAGCAGCCUAUGAGCAAAGGAUUCACUAAAGACAAGACUCUCGGUUCAAUCUUUAACAUUGAGAUGGUGAAAGACAAAACUGCAGAAGAAAUAAAACAGAUUUGGCAGCAGUAUUUUGCAGCAAAAGAUACAGUCUACGCAGUCAUUCCUAAAGAGAAGUUUGAUUUGAUCUGGAGUCGGGCUCAGUCCUGUCCAACAUUUCUGUGUGCACUGCCAAGAAGGGAAGGUUAUGAGUUCUUUGUUGGACAAUGGACAGGUACUGAACUUCACUUCACUGCACUUAUAAAUAUUCAGACCCGAGGAGAUGCCGCAGCCAGCCAGUUGAUUUUAUAUCACUACCCUGAACUUAAGGAAGAAAAGGGCAUAGUGCUGAUGACGGCAGAAAUGGAUGCCACAUUUCUGAAUGUUACUGAGGCACAGUGCAUCGCCAAUCAAGUUCAGCUCUUCUAUGCCACUGAUCGUAAAGAGACCUAUGGGUUAGUGGAGACAUUUAACUUCCGACCAAAUGAGUUCAAAUAUAUGUCUGUCAUCGCUGAAUUGGAGCAAAGUGGACUUGGAGCAGAACUGAAAUGUACCCAGAAUGAGGAUAAGACUUAGAACUAUAAAGGUUAACCCCUCACACAGUCAGCUCAGCCCUGGAUAGAGUAGAAAUCCCCCCCUCCUAACUCAAGAGCUCAGCAUACAUAAUGAGCAGUCUGUAAUGAGUUGCCCUAUGUGGUUAUUGCAAGAAGUGAUCACGGAGAUGAGCCUUAAUACUUGAUAUUCAGGAAUAAAGGUACCCACAUAUUCUGAUAAUUACCUCUCAGCAUACUUGAGGUUUCCUUUUAAAUGUUUCUGGUCAAGAGACGGCCAGGGAUCUGCAGGACAGUUCAUUUGACUUUAUAUAAUAUAGCAGUGCAGUUGCAUUUUGGCUAUUUUGACCUCAUAGCUUCCAGUUCUAGAUCUUUAUAAACUUGAGGCAGAGUAAUAAUCAGUUAGAAGACCUGCUGUAGUUAGAUGUGGGCUUUAUGUAAUCUUCUCAUGUGCCAAUCAGCUGGCCAAAGGCAUAAUCCCAAUGUCCUGUUUAGACUCUAAAACAAGAAGAUAUUCCCAUCAGGAUAAAGACUUCAUCUAGGUGCCCCCCAGAGUCAUCUUUAGUGUAGCUGGCUUGCGGUGUCAACAAAUUUCAGAUACAGUUGGAUAAACAGGUACAGUGCCUACAUAUUGUAGAACUGUAGUUUAUGGCAUCUGCUCCUGUAACUCUGCCUGUUAGAGGCUGUGUGUUUGGAAGAGGUAAAUCAGCACAGUAUAAAUAAACCAUUUUUCUAAGGAAAAGUUCAUUUCAGAUCAGCAUGAUUUUUUUAAAACCAACCCUAAGCAUUAUAUGAAAAAGUAGGUGGGAGCACAUGUUCCCAGGUUGAAUGUGGGGAAAAUGUAGGAAUAAAGUAAAAUCUGGCUUGUAGUCUUUGUUACACAAAAUAGUGAAAUCUAAGCUGUGAACUGUCCAUAGUUUUGGUGCUAUGGGCUGAUUUUUUCAAGACUCAUCUUGAGACAUAGCAGUUUCUUAAAACACCAGAAAUAAGAAAAAUUAUUCUCUAGCACUAAAAACCCACAUGUGGUUUGUAGUAGCUCCCACCUCAGUGAUAGAAGAGGAUGGUGGAUGCAUACCAGCCUUCUGAACUUUAGGCCCUAAGUGCCCCCAGCCACCUGUACUAUGUCUUUCCUUUUCUUAAUCUAAUAUGUACAUUUAUCGGCUGCCCCUACCUAAGAUCUGGUUGGAUGGCAAAAUAAGAUGAGUAGAAAUUUAAGCAGUAUUUGUUCUGUGUGUUUGUCUAUGUGCACGAGCUCGCAUGUGUGUGUGUGUGUGUGUAUAUCUUCUUUAUUAUGUAAGUCUUUAUAAGUUGGGUCUGUCCUGUAAGCUUUUUUUUUUUUGAGACAAGGUCUCCCUUUGUAGUUCAGGAUGGCCUUGAACUCAUGGCAGCCUGAAUGCUGGGAUUAUAGGCAUGUGCCACCAUGCCCGACUUCCCAAGCUUUUUAUAUAGGAUUGGACCUCCCAUUAUUUUCUGAGCUGUCUAUUUUUGUUGUACUUUGCAAAUUGUGGAUCUGCCACUUGUCCUGACAGUUCAUCUUUUGAGAAAAGAGUUUUAUCAGUCCUGCUAUUUCCCUUGAAUGCCCUCUAACCUUCUGGAUGUUUUGCAAUCUAGAAAUCUUAGCAGUUGGGGUUGCAUUUGUGGGUAUCUAAUUAUGUUUGCUUUUCCCUCCAAGUGGACCUAGUUCUUAACAUAGUACAUUUCCAUAACACCUCCACCAGGGGGUGAGAAAAUGAUGGAAAAAGAAAAAAUGGCCAUUUGUUUUAUAGUUCCAGCUUUGCCCUCAAUCCCACCUGGCCAAAGAAGGACGUAUCCAUGGGUAAUUAAUUAUAUUAAAUAUGACUGUAGUACCAUCUAGCUGUUCUUUAUUUAUCUAGAGAGAGCUAGCAAAGAACUAAAAGAAAAUUGUAUUUAAUCUGUCCCUUGGUGUCCCCAUAAGAAGUUGGCAGGCUUUAUAGUUACAUGAAUCUGGGUUCAAAUGUCAUCGUUGCUACUCAUUAGCCCUACAAUUUGAACAAAUUACUUAAACUUUAUUAUUUUUUCAUCUGUAAAGUGGAGAUUAUAAUAUCUACCUCAUAGGAUUAUUAUGAGAAGUUAACUUAUGUAUAGACUAUAGGGCAACUUAAAAAUGUCAACCCCUUUCCUCUUCUUUACCUCCCCUGCCCUUAUUAAUACUAGUUAAGAUUAGCAACUGAUCAGGGACCGGGGAUUUAGCUCAGUGGUUUCACCACCUGCUGCGCAAACGCAAGGACCCGAGUUCAAUCCCCGGUACCAAAAAAAAAAAAAAAGGUAAAAGCAACUGAUGUGUAGAUCAUUAUUCAUUCCAAUUUAAAAACUAAACUUCAUCUCAUUGAUUCUCAAACUUUAAGAUGUAAUGGAAUCACUCAGAGUGCUUUAAAAUGUAGAUUCCCAGACCCAUACCUUUCUGAAUUAGAAUAUUUGCAGAAGGCGCUGGGAUGUAUAUUUUAAUAUGUGCUCCACAUGAUUCUGAUGUAGGUAAUGAGCAAGUUGUACUUUGAGAAGCAUUGCCUUAUUUAUUCUUCAUGAAAAUGUCUGUUGGCCAAUCUUUUCUUUGCUGUAGACAUUGAUCAGAGGAUGUAGGUUUCCCUGCUCUUCGUCUUGCACAGCAGUUCCCUUUACAAAGUCUAGUUACAUUAUUUAUUUAUUUUUGUGUCUUUACCCCCAUGAGACUGUGAGCUCCUUGUGGGCCAGAAUUUAUCUGUGUUCAGCACCAGGGACAUGGCCUGGACCAUAGAAGAUACUCAGUUGUUAAAUAAAUAAAUUAUAUGAAUUGUAGCCAAAA